AUGACUUCAUCAACUUCAUUAUAUGAAUCUUCCAAAUCUUUAUAUUUGGGGUUCGAUUUAUCAACUCAACAAUUAAAAAUCAUCGUCACUAAUGAUGCCUUACAAGCUUUAAAUACUUAUCAUGUUGAAUUCGAUGCUCAAUUUAAAUCGAAAUAUGGUGUCACUAAAGGGGUACUUUCUAUUGAUAAUGAAUUAGAACAAGGUGCUAUUGUUAGUCCUGUGUUUAUGUGGUUAGAUUCUAUCGAUUAUGUAUUUGGACUUAUGAAUGAGGAUGAAUUCCCCUUUGAUAAAGUAGUGGGUAUUAGUGGUUCAUGUCAACAACAUGGUUCUGUAUUUUGGUCUCAAGAUUCUGAACAAAUUUUAUCUAAAUUAGGGGAAAAUAUUAAUCAAUCAUUAAGUGAACAAUUAAAAACUGGAUUUACCUUUGAAAAUUCUCCAAAUUGGCAAGAUCACUCCACUGGUAAAGAAUUAAAAGAAUUUGAAGAAGCUAUUGGUGUGGAUGAAUUAUCGGAAAUUUCAGGUUCAAGAGCUCAUUAUAGAUUUACUGGUUUACAAAUUAGAAAAUUAGCCACUAGAACCAAUCCAAAGAAAUAUCAAGAAACUUGGAGAAUUUCGUUAGUAAGUUCAUUUGUUGCCAGUAUUUUAUUAGGUAAAGUAGUUAAUAUUGAAGAAUCAGAUGCUUGCGGUAUGAAUCUUUAUGAUAUUCCUCAUCAAAAAUUUAAUGAUGAAUUGUUAGCUUUAGCAGCUGGUGUUCAUCCAAAGAUUGAUAAUGUUACCGAAGAAGAAACUAAAAAUGGUAUUGCUAAUUUAAAACAAAAAUUAGGUGAAAUUUCACCAAUCACUUACGAAAAUGAAGGUUCAAUCUCAUCAUAUUUCCAAUCAAAAUAUGGAUUUAAAGAUCAUUGUAAAAUUUAUUCCUUUACUGGUGAUAAUUUAGCAACCAUUAUUUCCUUACCUUUAGCUCCAAAUGAUUGUUUAUUAUCGUUAGGAACUUCCACCACUGUAUUAAUCAUCACCAAGAAUUAUAAACCAUCAUCACAAUAUCAUCUUUUCAAACAUCCAACUAUGAGAGAUGAAUACAUGGGAAUGAUUUGUUAUUGUAAUGGAUCAUUAGCUAGAGAAAAAAUUAGAGAUAAAGUUAAUCAAAAAUAUCAAAUUGAAGAUGAAAAAUCAUGGGAUAAAUUUAAUCAAAUUUUAGAUUCAAAUGAAAAAUUUAAUAAUAAAUUAGGAAUUUAUUUCCCAUUAGGUGAAAUCGUUCCAAAUGCUUCAGCUCAAACCACAAGAGCAAUUUUAAAUCCAUCUACUAAUGAAAUCAAAGUAGCUGAAUUAAAUUCAUCCCAUUGGAACGUCGAUGAUGAUGUUAGUUCGAUUGUUGAAUCCCAAGCUUUAAGUUGUAGAUUAAGAGCAGGUCCAAUGUUAAGUAAAAGUAGUGGAAAUGAAGAUUCUCGUGAAAGUUCAGUUACUCCAGAUAAAGAAAAUUUAGCUGCUAUUUAUAAAGAUUUAACUACUAAAUUCGAUGGUGAUUUAAUCACGGAUGGUAAAGCUCAAACUUUAGAGUCUUUAACUGCCAGACCAAACCGUUGUUUCUACGUCGGUGGUGCUUCAAACAAUACUAGUAUAAUCAAAAGAAUGGGUUCAAUCUUAGGUCCAGUGAAUGGAAAUUACAAAGUUGAAAUUCCAAAUGCUUGUGCAUUAGGUGGGGCUUAUAAAGCUAGUUGGUCACAUGAAUGUGAAUUAAAAGGAGAUUGGAUCGAUUACAAUGAUUAUAUCAAUCGUUUAUUUGACGUUAAUCAAGAAUUAGAAUCAUUCGAAGUUCAUGAUCAUUGGAUUGAUUAUUUUAAUGGUGUUGGUUUAUUAGCUAAAAUGGAACAAACUUUAAAACAUGAUUAG